CAGCAGCAGCAGCCUGGAAGCAGCAGCAGCAGCAGGAGCAGCAGCAGCAGCAAGGAUGAUUACUUCUCCUCCUACGCAGAGGCGGAGGACGGCGCCUCGGAAGUGUCUGCUGCGGACUCUCCGCCGCAGCAGCCGGCCGCACAGUCCGAGAAGGAGCAGCAGGAGCAGCAGGAGCAGCAGGAGCAGCAGGAGCAGCAGCAGCAGCAGGAGCAGGAGCAGCAGCAGCAGCAGCAGCAGCAGCAGCAGCAGCUGCAGCAGCUGCAGCAAGAUAUCGAGCUGCUGACGCCGCUCAACAGCGCCCCAGCCACCACCCAGGGCGCCGAGCUGUCUAUACAGCAGAAGCGCCUGCGGCUGCUGCGGCCCGAAGAUCGGCUGCUGCUGCACAACCCCAAAAUCGACAUAGUGGAGGCCCCGGUUAUCGGGCCUUUGACUCCGCUGCAGCAGCAGCGGGGAGGGCUGCGGUACGUGUACCGGCAGCGGCUGUGCGGAGAUGUGGAGAAGGCGCAUUUGUCUCGAGUGGCAUUUGAUGAAGAGUACCACAA